GGCCCCUGCUGGUUUCCACGAUCAAUGCAGCAGUAACCGCAGCACCGCUCUGCUAUGGCCUCACGACCUGACUGAUAAACAGUGUAGAGAGUGGAAUGGCGACACGAAAGAAGGCGACUCAAGGCGUGUCCUCCUGAAAUGCGAUUCUUCUUCUUUGGGCUGAUGCUUUCGAGUUUCGGAGCCGGUUGUGUAGCAGCCUUUUUGCUGAACAGAGUUCAUGGUUCAAGUCACAGAAGGUCAGCGUGUGGCCAUGGGUCAACUGGUUUCAAGCCAUGUUGAACUCCUUAGGCAUGGCAUCUCCAAAGGCCCUGGCAGCUGCCACUUGGGCGUUAUUCCAUUCGGUUUGCCAUUCGGCUUGCCCUUCGUCCAUGUUUUGCGCAGGAUGUUCCUUUAUUUGCUUGGUUUAUUGUGGAUGCAAUGGCUGAUCCUUUCCUGAUUUUUUGGAGCAGUCUUCCAAUGAACAGUAGCACAGCCGCUGCCUUCGCAGCCUGAUGUGGGCACAAGGCAUUUUGGGGAUGGUACUUGCAUGUGCACCUGGCUUGGUGGCCCUCUAUCGCAAGCCUUUGCCGAAGCUUUUUUUGCUGGUGCAGUGUUUAGAUCCCAUUGGAAAUGCGGAAAUGCAGUGCUCCUGCUGUCCGGCAGCCACAGGUUGGUCGAUAGUGAAGAUAGCCAAUGGAUUCAACAGCCCUGCAGUUCCAGGUCGCCUGAGCAGAAACCAAAUAAACUAACUUCGGGUGAUCCGAAAUGGGCCCAGAAAAUGGAGGAACUGUCAUUGCGAGGCAUGACUUUGAGGUGUUUUCAGCAGUUUUACCAAAUCCAGCUGCACAUGGUACAGGGAUGGAAGUACGCCCCAGAAGAGCACAAGACGAGAGAUGUGGUCCGCAGGGUGAUCAUACCGCUCACAAGCAGUGAAGAAUGUGCCUAUGCAGUUUCAAGUCACAACAAGGAUGGCCCCCCGAAGGGAACAAGUCAUGGUCACUCACAACUGGGGCAACCACUUCAACGGCCUGUUGGCUGCAGUCUUGUCAGACGCCCUGCAGGAUGGGGCGCUUGGAUGAUACUGGAUCUGUGCCGCUGUGAACAUGCCAGCAUUUGCCACAGAAAUCCAUUGUUAACCGAGAUCCAAGUGGACCAAGUUGCUGCAUCCAGUGUGCAAUUGCAGUUGCAUAAAAAACAUCAGUGACACAGAUGGCCGAAGUGUCAAGUCUGAAAUCAACAAAUUUGACGACAUGAUGAGUCAUUUAGCCGCCACUGGAAAGUGCAGACUGGUAAUUGCAGUGGACCAAUCUCUGGAUCAGUUGCG